AUGAAGACGUACGUCGAGCGUGAACUCGACGCGCGAGGGCGGAUCGAGGUGAUGAAACGCCCGCGCGUGGACUUUACGUCCAUCUUAGACGUGGUGCGACCGAUCGUGGAGGCGGUGGAGACGAGAGGGGACGACGCGGUGCGAGAGUACACGCGAAAGUUUGACGAGUGCGCGUUGGCGGCGACGACGGAGCGCGUGGAGGAUCUCCCGGAUCCGACGCUCGAUGCGGACGUGCAGGCGGCGUUCGACGUGGCGUACGAUAAUAUUGCGGCGUUCCACGCGGCGCAGGCGCGGAGCGGGGACGUGGACGUGACGACGAUGCCGGGCGUGCGGUGCCGUAGGGUGUCGAGACCCAUCGAGGCGGUGGGGUUGUACGUCCCGGGGGGGACCGCGGUUCUUCCGAGCACGGCGCUCAUGUUAGCGGUGCCGGCGAAGAUUGCCGGAUGUAAACGCGUUGUUUUGGCGACGCCGCCGAGAAAGGAUGGCUCGAUCUGCCCGGAGGUGCUGUACGUGGCGAAAAAGGCUGGCGUGACGCACAUUCUCAAGGCUGGCGGCGCGCAAGCCGUCGCGGCGAUGGGUUUCGGCACCGAGACGUGCCCGAAGGUCGAUAAGAUCUUCGGUCCGGGGAAUCAGUUCGUCACUGCGGCGAAAAUGGCGCUGCAAAACUCGGACGCGAUGGUGUCCAUCGACAUGCCGGCGGGACCGAGCGAGGUGCUCGUCAUCGCGGAUAAGGACGCGCCCGCCGCGCACGUGGCGGCUGAUCUCCUCUCCCAGGCCGAGCAUGGACCGGAUAGCCAGGUUGUGUUGGUGACGUUUCCAGACGUGGAUCUCAAAGCGAUCACCGACGCCGUGGCCGACCAGGCGAGCAAGCUGCCCCGCGCCGAGAUCACGUCCAAGGCGCUCGGUCACUCGUACGCCGUCGUCGUCGACGACAUGGACGCCGCGUGCGAUUUCAGCAACCGAUACGCCCCCGAGCACUUGAUCGUGAACGUAGAGAAUGCAGAGUCUUGGUUGCCCAAGCUGGACAACGCGGGUUCAAUCUUCCUCGGGCGAUGGACCCCGGAGUCCGUUGGCGACUACGCGAGCGGCACCAACCACGUGCUCCCCACCUACGGGUACUCGCGAAUGUACUCCGGCGUCUCCCUGGACUCUUUCGUCAAGUACAUGACGGUUCAGGAGCUUACCAAGGCGGGUCUCGACGCGCUCGGUCCGCACGUCGCGCGCAUGGCUACCGUCGAGGGCUUGGACGCCCACCGUAGCGCCGUCACCCUCCGCCUCGGCAUCGAUUAG